UUUUUCUUUACUCGUAGAAAAAAAAGUGAUAUGUAAAACUUUUCCCUUGGCAAAUCUGGCAUAUUCCAAAGUUAGUGCAAAAUUAUUUAUAAUUUUUCAAUCGUUUAGUAAUUUAGUAAUCAAUUUUAACAAAAUUAAUCCAAAUUGAAGUGUGAAAUAAAAUUAAGCAAAUGUACGUGCUGUACAGAACAAAAUAUACGUUCACGGAAAUGCAAGUAUCAAGCAUAUUAGUGACCCGCAAGUACUCAGCAAAUUCCAAUAAAACUGUUUAAUCUGUUAAAGAACUUUUGAAAAAUAAUCUCUAAGAUCAAAGCUUAUUGGUACACAAAAAAGCAAAUCAUUUUUGAAACGUUUCCUUUGCAACGGUAUGUCCACGAAACCUAAUACAACAGCCAAUGAAGAAAAUACUACAAACACAAACACGCCGUCCGAUAAUAAAAUUAUUAUUAACACAAAUGAUGAAGAACCAACAACAACUUCAUAUGCAGAUGAUGGUGAUACCAGUUUUGAAAUUGAUGAGCCCGAAGAUGAGGAAGUUAUCGAUGUUCUGCCCAUUGUUCAUGUCAGUUCGAAGACAAAUAACAUAACAAAUACGCCUACAACCCAUGCAGGUGCAUUGGCUGUAGGCGAAACAGAUAAUAUAACUGAAACAAGUGUUGCCGCCCCCACCACGACGAUACUUUAUAUGCGUUCAGCAAACAGUGAAACAGCUGGCGACAAAAUACGUUCCUAUAAUGUACCAUUCGUUUCAAUAAGAGAUCAUGAACCUGAUGAAUCGACAGAUGCAUCAAUUGACUCAGAUACGGGUUCAUCAACGCCAACAACGGCUGAUGUUGCGGACUUAUCAGCUGUAUCGGCGUUAACAACGCAAAAAGCUAAACGCCUUUCGCCUCUACAAAAUAGCAAAAUACAAUUAAAUAUUGCUGGCGGUUCAAUUACUGAAGACAAUAUAUCUGGUUCCAUUGCGACUGAAACAACUGAAAUCGAUAUCGAUAAUAUUCCAUCGGUUAGUCCGCGUGUUGCGAAGAGACUCGCUAACUCACAUCCAACAGCGGCGAUCUUUCAAUCGGAUAUCCCGCGUACUGGAAGUGAUGAAGGAAGUGGUUCAUCUUCUAAACAUAAACGCAACUUAUCUUCGUCAUCUUAUCGUUCUAUUGGUUCUCAACAUCCCGCAUCGUUACCUUCAGUGCAGACCUUGCAAGCAACAAAUGUUGUAUUUACUUGGCUACAAAAUGUUUCUAGAUUAUUUAAGAGUUCUGGUAUUGGAGAGCCUAGUGUGUACCAUGCUUUGGUUGUGAUAUUUUUAGAAUUUUUCGCGUGGGGUCUACUCACAAUGCCCGUAAUUUCUGUUCUAAAUCAAACCUUUCCGGAUCAUACGUUUCUGAUGAAUGGUCUAGUUAUGGGCAUUAAAGGCAUUCUAUCAUUUUUAAGUGCGCCAUUGAUUGGUGCUUUGUCUGAUAUUUGGGGUCGGAAGUUUUUUCUACUAAUAACAGUAUUUUUUACCUGUGCUCCCAUACCACUUAUGACAAUAAAUACAUGGUGGUUUUUUGCUAUGAUCUCAAUAAGUGGCAUCUUCGCAGUGACCUUUUCGGUGGUAUUUGCAUAUGUCGCUGAUGUUACAACAAUUGAGGAACGCUCAAAAGCUUAUGGUUUGGUGUCAGCAACAUUUGCUGCAAGUUUGGUAAUUUCACCAGCUUUGGGUGCUGCACUAAUGGAAUCGUAUGGUGAUACUUUGGUGGUUGCACUUGCCACAGCAAUUGCAGUGCUUGAUGUUUUCUUUAUACUGGUUGCUGUGCCGGAAAGCUUGCCAGAGAAAGUGCGGCCAUCAUCGUGGGGUGCGCCAAUUAGUUGGGAGCAAGCUGACCCAUUUGCAGCGUUACGUAAAGUUGGCACAGAUCAUACCGUUCUGAUGCAGUGUGUUACAGUUUUGUUGUCCUACUUGCCAGAGGCCGGUCAGUAUUCAUGCAUAUUUGUGUAUCUGAAACUAAAAAUGGGUUUCAAUACAAUGGAAGUAGCAAUUUUUAUAGCUGUCGUCGGCAUACUCAGCAUUUUUAUACAAGUGACAUUGGGCUACUUAAUGCGUGUUAUUGGACCAAAGCGCACUAUUAUUUUAGGUUUAGUUUUAGAAAUGUUGCAAUUAGUUUGGUACGGAUUUGGUAAUGUAAAAUGGAUGAUGUGGGCGGCAGGUGUGUUAGCUGCACUCGGUUCCAUAACAUAUCCAGCUAUAAGUGCUUUUGUAUCCAUACAUUCAAAUGCUGACCGACAAGGUGCUGUUCAAGGCAUGGUAACAGGCAUGCGUGGUCUAUGCAACGGUCUAGGCCCAGCUAUGUUUGGUGUAAUAUUUUACUUAUUUAAUGUGGAUCUUAAUACCGAUCAAAUUAACACAGCUGGUGCGGAACCAAAUCAGAAUCAUACGUCUAACAAUGUUAAGUUUGCGCAACUGGUUCCAGGGCCACCGUUUCUAUUUGGCGAAUCAUUAAUUGAACUGACAACGAAAUCUGAAGAAAUUCCAGAACAGCCCCAAGAUGAAGAUGGUGAAGAAACAGUAGUUCCAGCCAAAAAAGCUAAGAAAGAAGACAAACCCGCCAGGGACUUAAAGAAGGAUGAUAAAAAAGAAGAUGAAGAUGAGGAAGAUGAUGAUGAAGAUGCAGAGCAUGAUGCUGAAAAUGAAGGUGAAGAUGAGGAAGAAGAUGAUGAUGAGGAAGAUAUUGAAGAUGAUGAUGAUGACGAUGAGGAAGAUGGCGGUAGCAGUGAAACGGGUGAAGAUGAUGAUGAGGACAAUGAAGACGAUGAGGAUGAUGACGAAAAUGAAGAAGAUGAUGAUGAAGAGGGUGAAGGCGAUGAUGGCGAUGAAAGCGAUUAA